GGAGAUUGUGAUUUAGUGCUCUGGUGGGUGAAACAACCCCCCACUAACGAAGAGGAAAGCAAUAGAAGAAAAGACCAAAAGGACAAAGCCAAACGGAGUUUUGGUCAUCUGUUUCUUCAACAAUGAGCUCAGAAAAGGGGCCUUCAGUCUGUUGUUGUAAAGCCUGAUGUCCUAACAUACAGGGGAGGAGACUACAAUACAUAAACAUUCUGAAACACCAUGUCUCGUUCAGAUGAGGUCAACAAGAUGACAGAAAACGUGUAUAAGGGGAUUCUGGACCAGUUCAACCCCAGUCUGAAGAACUUUGUGACCAUGGGGAAACACUAUGAGAAAGCCCUGACAGGAGUGACGGUGGCAGCUAAGGGAUACUUCGAUGGUCUGGUCAAACUGGGAGAACUGGCCAGCGACAGCCAAGGGUCCAAAGAACUGGGAGACACGUUAUUCCAGAUGGCCGAGGUGCACAGGCAGAUUCAGGUUCAACUGGAGGACGUGUUGAAGCUGUUCCAUUCUGAGCUGCUGUCCCAGUUGGAACAAAAGCUGGAGUUGGAUAUUAAAUAUCUUACUGCCACGUUGAAGAAAUAUCAGAGUGAGCGCAAGUCGAAGUCAGAAUCUAUCGAGCGCUGCCAAUCACAGCUCAAGAAGCUGCGCAGGAAGAGCCAGGGCAGUCGCCAUCCCAACAAGUACGGAGAUAGGGAGAUGCAGUAUGUGGAGCUGAUGAGUCGUCGUCAGGCUGAGCUGGACACGCUGGUUGCCGUGGGUUACCGCUCGGCGCUGACGGAGGAGAGGAGACGAUACUGCUUCCUGGUGGACCGCCAGUGUUCCGUCACCAAGCUGCUCAUCAACUACCACUGCAAGGUGAGAGAGCUCCUGUCACAGAAGCUGUCCUCAUGGCAACAGUCAUGCUCCCAGCCAACCAGACUACCUGAACGGGCACUAAACCUGCUGCGUCACACCGCCCCCCAGGGCUCUGGGGCAUCUGGGAUAGCUGAGCUCCUCCGACACGCCAAACUGGGCGCUGCACAGCCAGAACAGAGGCUGUCAGUACAGGAGGUCCCACCCCUGUUGAAUGGUGGCUCCCAGCAGCAGAGGCCCAUCCGCUCUUCUUCCCAGAGUGACACCCCCCCUCCCCAAAACUCCCCCGGACCCCAGACAUUCCGCUCCCUCGCUGCCACUGGAGGGGCCAUUGGAGGUAGUGGGGCAGGCUCCACCCAGCAGACCAGCACGCCUAUUAGUGCCUCAGCUAUCCCCAAUGCUAACAACAACACAAGCGCUAAUGCUAUCACUACUGCUAACACUCCCACUACUUCAUCCACCUCCUCCAUGGUUGGCUCCAGCCAAGCCCAGCAGUCCUCUCUCCUCCUGGCCACCAGCACCUCCAGCCUCUCCCCAAGUCUCAUCCCCUCCACUGUGCUUUCUCUCAGCCAGGGCUCCCCAUCCUACUCCUCCCUACAGGGCCUGGCCCUGCCGCUGUCCCUCAGUGCCCCUCACAGUCCUCCACUACCCCACAGUGCACCUCUCUCCAGAGCCAUAACCCCCUCGCUGCAUCACCAGGGGGGGCUAGGAGGAGGGAACACACCAUUGCUGUCCCAUAAUCCCAUGCUGAUGAAGGCAGCGGAGAUGUAUGGAACGUCUACACUGCCGUUGCCUAGGAGACCGGUCAGCGAGGCCCGGGUGGGAGUGUUUAUGGGUUCCACUCUGCCCAGAGACAGAGUUCUCCCUCUCUCCAGCCCGUCUCGUGUGGAAGCCAUAUUUGCCCACUCUCCUGGGGGGUCAGAGGGCAGUGGAGGGGGCGGGGCCUGCUUACUUCACUUUCUGCCAGGUGAUGCUCUCAGCCUCCUCAUCUCUGAGCCCAGAGACGGGUGGCACUAUGGCCAGAAUGAACGGACUGGACGGAAAGGCUGGUUCCCUUUCUCCUACACUCAGCCCUACCCCAACACCUUGGAUCCCCUCCACAGCAGCUCCCCGCUCCUCUCUAAGGUCAACAGCACCAGUACGGGUCAGUUAGACAAGCUGGUCUCCCCUGGCCUGCCUGCCCUGACCCCUGAGUCUGAGGAGGAGUGCUCGUUCCCCCCUCAGAGGGUCAGCACCUUCCGCCCGCGCCCCUACAGCAUGGCCGACUCCAACCAGGUCAGCCUGAGGCCGAAGGUCAGAGGUGAAGGGGUAGAGUGGGCAGGGCCCUCUAACCGACCGGCUCUGUCAAUGCUGAUGCAAGAGCUCUCAUCAGACUUCGCCUCUCCUCCACCAACCUGGACCAACCCAUUUGCCCAUAUCCGACUCAGAAAGACGGUGACCAACGAUCGCUCUGCACCAAUCAUCGAAUAGGACAUGGUCUCCUUGAUCAGGCAACCAAUGGAGAGGUGUUAAUAAGGAAACGUUCAUGUGUUUUGAAUUUGUUCUCAGAGGCCAGUAACUGUGUUGGUUGAGUUCUCAACUGUUGAGCCUUAAGAGAAAGCCUUACGUUAACCUUUCUGUUCAUGUUGGUUAUUUACAAGGGCUGAUUAGAUGUGUAUUAAUCAGGCCUAAUUCAAAAUACAGACACUUAUGUGGUGUUAUUUUGAUGAUAGAAGAAUCAAAGCCGAAAUUUCAGUGACAUUACAGUGAUUGUCAAAGACCCUUUGGACAAAAUGAGAUGUAGCUUUCAGCUGGUGAAUCAGAUCUUCAAUAAAAAAAAAAUCCACCUUAGUAUUUGAGAAUUAUAGCGGGAGUUGGAAUAUAGAGCACUGCGAUGUUAGUAAAAACACAAACAGAGGAAGGCCAUUUUGUCGGCAUGUCCAACAGCCCUGGGCAUUACUGACUAUAAGAUCAUUUUAUCAUUUUAUGUUUAUUUUCAUUUCACAACACUUUUCUAGAAGUAACCUUGGUAGAAAAUGUUUUAUGUUAUUUUGUCUGUACCCGUUCAGGGACUGGUUCCUGGUAGCAGGCUAUAGUUAGGUAAUAGUUUUAAUGAAUUAUAGCAUACUUUACUUUUACCAUUAGGAAUUGUCUUAAAGGACAGAUUUUUGAGAAGAGAGUUGUGCGGAGAGAUGUGUGUGAUCCAGGAAAUCGAAACAUGUUGAAGAAUUUUCAUGUUUUUUUCCAUUGUUGGGAUUCAAUAAGAGUAUUUUUAAGCACAUUGUUAGCUAGGCAGAUUUAUUUUCACAAUAGAUGCAGACCUACCAAUCACUCAAUCCUGAGUGGCGCAGUGGUCUAAGGCACUGCAUCGCAGUGCUAACUGUGCCACUAGAUCCUGGUUCGAAUCC